AUGGCCCUGGUCGUCCAAGCAUUCACGUUCCUCCACCAAUACAUCUACACCCGCCUUCACCCAACACCCAGCAAAUCCCCCGAAGCGCUGAAAGUGGGAGUGAUCUCGUCAGCGCAAAUAAACGCUGCCGCACUAAUUCAUCCCGCCGAAUCCCACCCCUCCGUAAUUCUCUACGCAAUCGCCUCGCGCGACAUCUCCACAGCCCAAAAGGCAAAAGAGCAAUACAAUUUCACUAAAGCGUACAGCUCUUACGAAGAUCUGCUCGAUGACCCAGAGAUCGACUUUGUGUAUAUUUCCACGCCAAACGGGCUGCAUUAUGAGUGGGCGGCGAAGUCGCUGAAGGCGGGGAAGCAUGUGCUUUGCGAGAAGCCGUUUACGUCGAAUGCGGCGGAGGCGAAGGAGUUGAUGGAGUUGGCUAAGGAUAGAGGGUUGGUGAUUGAGGAGGCUUUCCAUUGGCAGUUCCAUCCUGCGGCGCAUGCAUGGCGCCAAUUGUUGGACUCGAGGAAAUACGGCAACAUCCUUCGGACUAAUGCGAUUAUGACAGCUAGUCCUGCUGUUCCAGAAAGCGAUAUCCGGUGGAAGUUUGAUCUAGGCGGCGGUUCAUUGAUGGACAUGACGUACGCCCUAUCUUUCACCCGCUACGCUCUCCACGCCUCAACGCCCAAGCAAAUUGUGUCUGUCAGCGUGCGCCCUUCAAGAGGCGACCCUCGCGUCGACGAGGCAAUGUACGCACACGUCGAUUUUGAAGCACCUAACGGUGGCGACGUCCACAGCCGCAUCUACACAGACAUGGCGCGCCACAAGCUCGGCUAUGUAAUCCCUCGCUUCUGGGAACUUCCCUCUAUCGAAGUCGAGACUGAGAAAGCAAUAAUCCUCUUCUACAAUGCCAUGAUGCCACAUUUGUACCACUACAUCACUAUCGUGGAAAAAACUACGGGCGAGACAAAGACCAUCAAGCAGUACUCCGGUGGUCCGCUCUGGGGCAAGGUGACUACGAGUACCGGGGAGAAGGGAGGAAAUCAUUAUUGGAGCACGUAUCGGUGGCAGUUGGAGGCGUUUGUGGAUGCAGUUAAGGGAAAUACGCCGGCUUUUUGGGUCGCGAAUCAGGAUAGUAUCUGGCAGAUGGAGUGUAUUGAUUCUAUGUAUAAGGCGGCUGGGUUGCCGAUUAGGCCCAGUAAGGAGGUUAGUAGUAAGAAAGGUAAAUAGAUUUAGUUGUUUGGGCAAUUCAAUGUGAAUGUUUCAUCAGUCAUGGUAGCCAGUGCAUUGAU